CCCGUCAGGAACAUUCACUGACGGACCACAAUAUUGCAGUGGCUGCCAAUGUCAUUCACGUUGUUAUAAAAUAACCGAGUCAAGCAAAUUCGCUGUAGUAUGUUUAUAAAAUUAUAGCAUUAGUGUAAGAAUGGCAGAACAGGAGCCUGACAGUAACAAUCAGGGAGUGAAACUUUUAGGGAUCCUGGAUGUUGGGAAAACUCCUUGUGCCAGAGAAGCUAUUCUCCAUGGUGCAGGAGGAUCUGCUGUUGCAGGACUAGUGCACUUUUUGGGAACUAGCAGAGUGAAGCGCUCAUUCCAUGUUGGCAUGGCCGGAUUCAUGCUCACAACACUGGCUUCAUGGUUCUACUGUCGGUAUAACAACGCACGACUGCGGGUACAGCAGAAGAUGAUUCAGGAGGGAAUUAAGAAUAAAGUUAUUUAUGAGGGAACGAGUCAUGAUCCUACACGAAAAGCAAGAGAUCAGUGAAGUCACAAUAUUUACUCUUUAUGCCUUUUACAUUGACUAUCAGCUAAAUGGCGGUUUGUUCAGUGUCUGAGGAAUGCUGAAGCUUUGUCUAAGAUGGUGUGUUAAAAAUGUCUGUUUAUACAAUGAAGUCAAUAUUUGACUAAUGUGAAAAAUAUAAUAAUAGGAACACAA